AGUCUAUUCUAAAUAAAAGUGAUAAACUUGACAAUAAAGUUAAAAGAAUUGGACCACACAUAGAAAUCUUCCAGGUGUUCCGGGAAAGAAAUAAAUUCAUAAUUAACAAAAAAUUUGUUAAAAUGGUCACCAUCAUGCAGGCAUAUGUCAGAGGGUGGCUCGAACGCAAAAGAUUACGAAGAAUAAUGAUCAAGGCUUUGUAUCAUGGGCCAAAUUUGAGAGCAGUUAUAAACAUGUACUGCAGACUAAUUCAUCGUAUUAGAUAUCGACUUGGUCUCUGGAGGACAAGACAAAUAAUAAACCUUUCAGAGAUAGAGGAAUGGAUGGACAGAAAAAAAUACUAUGAAACAAUGUUUGCUAAGAGAGAAGACUGGCAAGUAUUAGACAGAAGUGAACUCCUUCGAUACUUCAAUGACUGCGGUCACUUCCCAGCCCAGCAGCAAGUCGACGAUGUCUGGGGCCUGGUCCACAGAGAAGACCAUGAAAAAUAUUCUGAAGUCAUCAAGAAAUUCCAGGCAGUUGAAAUGUUAUUUACGCUUUAUCCUCCUCAAGGUGCCCACGUGCAUAGUAAUAAACGACUUAAGUCAACUUGGCUGAGACCCAUAGUAAAUGGGGAAGAAGGAUAUAAAUAUAUAGUGAGUGGACACCCAAUACUCAAAAGAGCUAACAUCCGGAUUGUUGGGAAGAUAGUGUCCAGAUCUAUAAGAGAAAGGAAAAUGAGACAACAUUAUUUAUCGUGAGAAGUAGAAUAAUGUUUUCAAUUCAAUAUUGUUACCUUAAGAGUUGAAGCUGUCUACCCAAAGAGGUUAACAUUGGUCAUGGAUUAAUUCUGUAUCAACUGGAUAAAAGGAUAAGCGUCUUUCCCUAUCCAAAGAAGGACUUUGACAAGUUAGUCUAUAAUUUUGAAAUAUCUUUGGAUGAGCCAUUCAUUGGAUCUUUUUUGGUAAAAAAUAUCUGUUUUAUCAUAAUGAAGUUGAAACCACAUAGUGUCAACUAUGCCCUUCACUGGACUUAAAUUUGUUUUGUUCUAUUACCAAUAAAUGCCAUAGAAAAACUUUAAGAUCCUUAUUUCUAAAAACUGACAAGUUUUUUGGAAAUAGUUUCUCAAAACAUCUUUUAAACUAUAUGAUUUUUAUUAGUGUAGUCAUAGUAUUAUUUUCCCAUAUUCUCAUUGCUCGUUCUGAAGUGAAAAACUGAGAGUCAAUAAACUAUUCCCGAGUUACCUCCCUCCCCCCCCUAAACAGGGGUUGGAGAAACAAGUGAAGGAGCAAUAGUUGAAGUGCUGUGCUUAGCACAGAGACUAAAGAUGAAUAGAGGUGGAAGCCACAUGACAAGUCUCGAUAUUUUCAGUUCUUAUCCCUGAUCUAUUAUUUCUGUAAUUGACUCUUUGGUUUGAAAAAGAAAUCUCUCUCAGGCUACUUCGUGCAGUGGAGUUUACUGUAGAAUACAUGUGGAAGUUAUUAGAGUAGAAAUUAGAGAAGCAUUUUUCCUUAUUUAAUUGCUUCAAAAAGCUGUAAAAUGCAUAGUUAAAAAGAAGAAGAAAAAAGUCACACAUGAGUUGAGUCCCAGCUUGGUAAAACAUCAGCAGCCUGCUCCAUUUUAUAACAUUGUUAGGAUAAAAAUUUGGUGAGAGUUCUGCCACCACUAUUCCCCAAAAUUGGGAGCAAAAGCAUAGAGUUAUAAUGAAAGGUGAUUAUAAACUAAAAUAUAGGAUUUCCUAAUGAGGGUUGUGUAAUGAGUGCCACUAUUUCAAGUGGAAAGUAUAUUUAUAAUAGAAAACAUUAUAAAACAAUAUCAAAAUUACCUUUUAAAAAAUAAAAUAUAAAAAUUAGGUUAUGAUUAUGAAACUGGGGGCAGGAUACAGAAGUUUAUUUUUCCUUUAAUAAAAUGUGGUUAUUCUUUUCUCAUGUUUCCUACACUUGGCUAUUCUUGAUUUUUAGUAAACUGA